UUUCUACAAAAGGAGAGGGAGAGGGAAUUUUCUAUAAAUAUCCUAGAUUUUGUUGGCGUUCUGGAUAAACCUCCUACCGCAAAAAGUUUUAGGGAAAAAGCACAAUCGAAUUCAAUGGAGAAGAAGACGAUGAUCGCAGCAGUAGCAUUAGUCGUGCUUCUCAUCAUGUCGUCCAACGAUAUAACUCAGGUUGAAUCCCAAGGUAUCGACUGCCUUGAUUCCUGUUCCACCGGCUGUGUUAAUCGCGACACAAGGCUUAUGCAACGUUGUGAACGCAAAUGUCAAAUAAGAUGCUCUCCAGAUAGAAGCGUUGAUGAUCAUUUGGAUUAAAGGUUUCAAACACAGGAUAAAGAAAUAAGGCUUUGGUUUAUAACCAUGAAGUCAGAUCAAGGUUGUUUUGGACUUUUUAAUAUGUAAUUUAAGUUUGAAUUUUAGUGUUAAAAGUUAUGAUUUAUGAGCUUUUGGUUUUAAUAUGUGAAUCAUGUUAUUUUUACCAAGUUGGCUAAUGAGAAUUGUAACAUGCUUUUGAAAGUUCGUAUCUGAAAGUAUUGGGUUAAUUGCAUA